AUGGAAGGCGGCAACAAUAGCAGAGCCAGCGCUGGCGUUUCCAAAAAGCGGGGAGUUAAAUCAUUGUGUAGGGAAAUAAAGUCUUUUUCCCCAAUUCCAUACCUUGCCAAAGCCAGAGACUUUUAUAUGAGAAGCAUAUCUGAGUGUGCAGGGAGGGCUAGUUCUAGCGGUCUUGGUGUUUCUAUGGUUGGCCUGCCAAAGAGCUUCAGCAACUCCUCUCUUAGAAAUGAUGAUGAAUUUGCUGAGCUCGUUAGGGCCGCUUCGCAGAGGAGCAAAUCAUCUCCUGUGGCACAACAGAAGGCGAUUCCAAAAAGAUUUAGCACUAAUGGGGUACCUUCUGUGGGAAGGAUUGACGAGGACAGCCCCUGCUAUUUUGGUGGGUCUUUCAGAAAGAAUGCUUCGCAACCAGAUCUUCGUUACCCUCGCACUCGAAGAUGUAAUCCUGGGAGAACUUCCCUCGGUCCAAAAUAA